UACAAAUACGCGCAUACGACCUGUCUUUUUUGCCCCUCAUACUUUCCUACACAUAAUGGCAGACACUACAUCAGUCGUUCCCGGCUGGAAACGCCUUCUGCAGGCUAUGGGCCGGCGCAAGUCUCUUGAGAUGAUGCUGUCGCAGCUCGAGGGAGACCAGGGCGAGCUGAAGCGGACUCUCAGCGCCUUCGACCUGUGCCUGAUGGGUCUGGGCGUCAUCAUUGGCUCCGGAAUCUUCGUCGUUUCGGGCACUGCUGCCGCGCAGCUGGCCGGUCCUUCUCUUGUGAUCUCAGUGCUCAUCGCUGGUCUCGCCUCGAUGCUGUCAGCGUUCUCGUACGCCGAGCUGUCCACUAUGGUUCCGGUCGUCGGCGCGUCUUCAUAUACCUUCGUUUACACGACUAUGGGCGAGUUCCUGGCGUUUCUGAUCGGAUGGGUGAUGACGCUCGAGUGGCUCGUCGGCUGUGCUGCUGUGGCCGUCGGCUGGUCAAGCUACAUUGUGCGGUUCUUCCAGGACGCCUUCAACGUAAAGUUCACAGAGAAGACAACCAUGGCGCCUGUGUACUGGGACUCUACGAACAACUCAUUCAAGGUCCACAGUGGUGCGAUCAUGAACAUCCCGGCGAUGUUUAUUGUGCUUGCUACCAUGACGAUUCUGUGCGUGGGCGUGACCGAGUCAAAGAUGGUCAACAAUGUUGUAACCGUGGUCAAGGUCGUCGUCAUUCUGUACAUUAACCGCGACAACUACACGCCGUUUAUGCCUCCCACGCAUGACGGCAAUUUCGGUGUGGUUGGAAUCUUCAAGGGCGCCCAGCAGUUCUUCUUUGCCUUCAUUGGAUUCGAUGCCCUGGCUAGUGCCGCACAAGAGGCCAAGAACCCGCAGCGUGACCUGCCUAUCAGUAUCUGUGUUUCGCUUAUUGUGUGCACGCUCCUGUACGGCACCAUGGUCGUGGUCCUGACUGGCCUUACCAAGUACCCGAACCUCAACACUGCCUCGCCUGCGACCACCGCUCUGGAGGUACACGCGAACACCAAGUGGCUGCGUAUCCUGGUGGGCAUUGGCGCCAUUGCCGGUCUGACCACUGUCACCAUGGUUCUGCAGAUGGUGCAGUCCCGUAUCUGGGUGGCUAUUGCCCGCGAUGGCCUGUUCCCCGGCUUCUUUGGCCGCCUGAGCCCGCGCUUCAAGACGCCCAUCAACGGACAGCUGAUCUGUGGCAUCAUUGCUGCUGUCAUUGCCGCGUUCCUUCCUGUUGAUAUUCUGUCUGAUUUGACGUCGCUGGCUGCCCUGCUGUCGUACUUUUUGGUGCAUAUCAGCGUCGUUGUGCUCCGCUUCACCAAGCCCGAAGCCGACCGCACGUUCAGCGUGCCUCUUGCCAUCUUCCGCGUUCCGAUUCUGUCGGUCCUGGGCGCGAUCAUCUGCAUUGCUCUAUUCGUCCUGUCUGGCGGCCAGAACAUCCUGCGCACAUGCAUCUGGAUGGCCAUUGGCAUCGUUAUCUACUUUGCCUUCUCGAUCCGCAACUCGCACCUGCGUUACAAGGAUGGCACGGUCAGCGAGGACGCCUCUCAGCAGUACGAGGAUAUGUUCCCGCCCAAGCCGUACACGGCCGAGUCCAACUCGUCCAAGGAUGGCGUUACUGUCGUGACAAAGGGUUCCCAAGUAGAGUCGCACAUUGAGUCGCACAUGCCGCCGUCGCCUAUGAAUCCUCAUGAUCCGUACCUGGCCAUCUGCCCGGCCAAGCCUGACGACCUGCCUGAGCCCUACACACCGCCAAAGAACGGCCACCACGGCAACUACUAAACCCAGCACUUCAUUUACAUACAUAUGUAUCCUUUACUAGUUAAU